CUCUGCUACUUGCUCCCUCUUCCUUCCCAUUCAUUCCCAAAUCCACCCAAAAGGCGCAAUCUUUCCUGCCUCCCGAUUCGCGCAAUCCCCGAUCGAUCUGCGCCAGAUUAGAAAUUGGGUCCGACGUACUGACUUGCCCCGCCCGCGGCUCCCUUUGGCUUCUGCAGGUUGCUGGUUUCAUGGAUUGGAGUUGCUGGGACCUCUCUGCGUGGAAACCCUCGUGCUGACCUGAUUCGGUUGGGGUGUGGUUGAUUUGGGUCUUUGUUUGGAGGACUUAAAGAGUCCUUUGGGGGUGGUUCUUGCAGGUUGUGAUUAGGGAAUCCUGGAAGAUUGUGGAAUGGGAUUAUAUAGUUUUCUGUAAAUAGGGCGUGAAGACAGUUCUUUUGUAUACUUUGGUGCACAGAAGGUGAAAAUUUUGGUUAGAACAAGGUGGGGAUCAGGAUUAUUGUGAAGGGAGGGGAUGGGAGGCCUCUGCUCAAGGGUUUCAGCGGUAGACAAGUCUCCGAGUGACACCACGCUUGUUCGGGACCAGAUAGUUGAUCCUGAGCCUGCUGUGAUAAAGGGUGCUAAGCUGCCCGUGUCCGAAGAGGCCACGGUGAAGCGGCUGGAAGAUCAGCAGCAGUCUUUUGCUUUCUUUGAGAGCGUUGUUCCUGGGCUUGCUUACAAUGGUGCAGAUGCUGGUCAGGCAGGAUCUAGGACACCACAACUGGCCCGGACUCUGUCGCAGAAGGUUGGUUUGGGCAAGAAUAAGGCCAGUGCUGCAAAGGUUUCAGAAGUGAGCUCACUUUUAGGAAGGGCUGGUACUGUUGGGUUUGAGAAAGCAGUGGAGGUUCUAGAUACACUUGGUAGUAGCAUGACAAAUUUAAAUACUAGUAGUAGUUUUAUAUCAGGCUCUGCAGCAAAAGGAAACAAAAUAUCUAUUUUGGCUUUCGAGGUGGCAAAUACUAUCGUUAAAGGUUCCAAUCUUAUGCGAGCGCUCUCCAAGGCCAACAUAAAGCACCUCAAAGAGGUGGUGCUUCAUUCAGAAAGCGUUCAACACCUUAUAUCCAAAGAUAUGGAUGAAUUACUCAAGAUUGCAGCAGCCGACAAAAGGGAGGAGUUAGAAAUCUUCUCAAAAGAAGUUAUUCGAUUUGGAAAUCGUUGCAAGAAUCCUCAAUGGCACAGCUUGGAUCGUUACUUUGAAAAAUUGUCAUCGGAACGAAUUCCUCAGCAUCGCUUGAAAGAAGAUGCAGAGUCAGUGAUGCAGCAAUUGAUUGUUUGCGUGCAAUAUACAGCUGAAUUAUAUCAUGAAUUGCAUACUUUGGAUAGAUUUGAACAAGAUUGUCGUCGUAGACAGCAAGAACUGGAUGGUUUGAGUUCAAGAGGUGAUAGUCUGCAUAUGCUAAAGCAGGAUGUCAAGAGUCAAACUAAGCAUGUCAAAGGUCUGAAAAAGAGAUCACUUUGGUCCAAGAAUUUGGAAGAGGUGAUGGAAAAACUUGUCGACAUUGUUCACUUCUUACAUUUGGAGAUUAAUAAUGCCUUUGGCCUUGCUGACAGUGAAGAGCCACAAGAACCAGGUGGUAAACAACACAAUAGAUUGGGACCUGCAGGCCUUGCAUUGCAUUAUGCAAAUAUCAUCAAUCAGAUUGAUACUCUUGUUUCUCGAUCAAGUUCAAUACCUCCCACUACAAGGGAUACAUUAUACCAAGGUUUGCCGCAGACUAUCAAAUCUGCCCUCCGUUCAAAGUUACAAUCCUUUGAAGUCAAAGAAGAGCUGACAGUUUCUCAGAUCAAAGCUGAAAUGGAGAAAACUUUGCGAUGGCUUGUUCCUAUCGCAAAUAACACGACAAAGGCUCACCAUGGCUUCGGUUGGGUUGGAGAGUGGGCAAAUACAGGAUCUGAGAUGAACUACAAGUCAUCAGGGCAGAUGGACUUAACCCGAAUUGAAACACUAUAUCAUGCUGAGAAGGAAAAGGUUGAUGGACAUAUACUUGAGCUUGUUGUAUGGCUUCAUCAUCUCAUCAGUAAAUCCAAAACUGCCAAUGGAGGUAUAAGGUCUCCCAUCAAGUCUCCUGUCCGUUCACCUACACAAAAGGGUAUCACCUUGACGCUAGACAAAUCAAACAAUUCAUCGCCAAUACUCACACAAGAGGAUAAGGAUAUGCUAAGGAAUGUUAAGUUCAGGAAGUUCGUCCCUGGAAUAAGUAAAAGUCAAGAGUUUGACACAAAGUCAAGACAUAGCAAACAGAUCAGACUGAUAAAGAGCAACAGCCAUUCUCCAACCAGUGGCAGUAGGAAAGACUUGCUUUUAGUUCGGAGAUCAUCCAUGCUUCCUGUCAUCGACUUCCAGAUUGAUAGGACCAAAGCUUUGGACUUAAUCGACCGACUUGAUGAUCUGAAAAAACAGUGACGAAUCAUACCUGAAAAUGGGCAGUCAUCUGUCAUCCUGAAAACCAUAGCCCCAGCAAGGACGUCAAAAAUUGGCGUUAAACUGCAGCAAUGCCGCCCGUCUGAGGUGAAGAACUAGCAGUAUGCUAAUUUAUUGGCGCUUCGAGUAACCAGUGGUAGCUCAAAUUGUAUCAUAUACCUUGUACUGAAGAAAAGGAGGAACUGGUGUACAGAAUAUUUGUUUAGUUGAUUCUGCCUGUACAAGAAAUGCAAGUCUGUUCUUUUUUAACAAGAGAGGAUUGUACGCGUUCUGGAAA